CGUAUGUCCCAUCCAGAUAGUUAACCCGACCGUGUUCCUGCUCGUGGCGUACUACAUGACGGACCAGCCCAACGUCGAGGACAGGCGCUGCAUGGUGUGGCUUAUGUGCCUCCUGACAGUGCUCAUGGCCCACGCCUACGGACUGGUGUUUGGAGCUGCUCUUGGGAUGCAGCUUGGUGUCUUCCUUGUACCUGCAUCCACGAUACCUCUUGUUCUAUUUUCGGGAUUUUUCCUCUACAUUCCGGAUAUUCCUCUCGUCCUAAGAUGGCUCUCUUAUGUGUCAAACUUCAGAUAUGGAUUUGAAGGCAUUGUAACAGCAAUCUAUGGAAUGAACCGCCAGCCUCUGAAAUGUAAUCAAGCUUUCUGUCACUGGAAGAGACCAUCCCAAUUCCUUGAAGAUAUUGGAAUGUUGAAUGCUGACUAUUGGACUGAUGUUACAGGACUUGUAACUUGGAUUCUGGUCCUACAUUUUUCACUUCUUGUGUCACUCAAAGUAAAGGUUAUCCUAAAUAGACAGUGACAUUCACCUGUUGACAAAUCAUUAAGUAAUGACUGAUUUUAUCAAAACAAAUUGAUGGCUCAGUAACUUCAUUAGCAUUCAUGCACUUGGAUUAUUUCAUGUACAGAUGUAAAUACAAUAGAUAGAUAAUAAAAAAUUGAAGUAAAA